GUUAGGCUCCGCCCCCAUCGGCCGCUGCCGGCCGGUAAACGAGAUCUCGGUGUGAGCUGUCACCGGUCAUCAUGUGGGUGUUCGGUUACGGCUCCCUGAUCUGGAAGGUGGAUUUUCCAUACGAGGAGAAGCUGGUGGGCUACAUCACGGGCUACAGCAGGAGGUUCUGGCAGGGCAGCACUGACCACCGAGGGGUCCCGGGCAAGCCUGGAAGAGUUGUGACGAUUGUCGAAGAUCCAGAGGGCUGUGUAUGGGGUGUUGCCUACAGACUGCCAGAGGGAAAGGAAGAGGAAGUAAAGGCGUACCUUGACUUUCGAGAGAAAGGAGGCUACCGGACUACGACUGUUGUCUUUUACCCAAAGGAUCCUUCAAUAAAACCAUUCAACGUCCUUCUGUAUAUCGGAACCUGCGACAACCCCAACUACCUCGGACCUGCUCCUCUAGAAGACAUCGCCGAACAGAUUUUUAAUGCUGUUGGGCCUAGUGGGGAAAACAUUGAAUACCUGUUUGAACUUGCAAAUUCACUUAGGGACCUUGUACCAGAAGAGGCAGAUGAGCACCUUUUUUCCCUAGAGAAGUUAGUGAGGGACCUUUUGGAGAGACGUCAAAAUAUUAAUUGUCUAUAAAUUUUAUGCCUUUCAUCCAUAGGAAUGGAGACGUACACAAUGUGUCCGGAUAUUAUUUAUGCAUUGCUAAGCAUUUAGUGGGAUAUCUAUAUUUUCUAUGCAAUUGUUUUAGUGCUUUCUCUCGCUGAACGUAAGACCUUUCAGGGUACCUGCGCACGUUGCGGAUUACAUGCGGUUUUUCCAUACAAAAAUCAAAGCAGAAUUUCUGUUUAUCAACCUGCACCCGUGUGCAAGUACC